AUGAACUUGACCCCGGGGCUACCGACGCCCGGUACGUCGCUGGUCCUGCGGGUGUCCUACGUGGACGUCCAUCCCGACGUGAUCCCCGUGCACCUGUGGGGCCUGGUGGGCCAGCGCCGCAAAGAGUACGUGCAGCUGAGCCGGGAGAUCCAGGACGCGGCGGCCACGCGGGGCCCGUGGGCUCCGAGCGGCACGUCGGCCUCGCCGGGGGAGCUGUGCCUGGUGCAGGUAGGGCUCCUGUGGCAUCGCUGCCGCGUGGUGAGCCGCCAGGCGCAGGAGAGCCGCGUCUUCCUGCUGGAUGAAGGCCGCACCAUCACGGCCGGCGCGGGCACGCUGGCGCCCGGGCGCAGCGAGUUCUUCCACCUGCCCUCGGAGGUGCUGGGCUGCGUGCUGGCCAGCCUGGUCCCCUCGGCAGGCGGUGGCACGGGCGGAGGGGAGCCGCAGCACUGGUCGCCGGGGGCCGUGGACUUCCUCAGCAACCUGCAGGGUAAGGAGGUUCAAGGACGGGUCCUGGAUGUGCUGCUCCUGCAUCGCCUGGUCUUGUUGGAGGUGCCCGCCGUGUGCCAGCAGAUGCAGGAGCUCGGCCUGGCCCGCCCCGUGCCCGACAGCCUCUUCCGCACGUUGCUCAAACGCUACCUGAGCACGGCCGGGCUGGGCACCGAGACCCCGAUGCUCCCCAGGGUCUUGUCCAAGCAAGUGCAGCCUGGCCUGGAUUACUUCUAUCCGCAGCUGCAGCUGGGAGUGACGGAGCCCGUGGUGGUGACCCAGGUGUGCCAUCCCCACCGCAUCCACUGCCAGCUCCGGAGCCUCUCCCAGGAGAUCCGGCGGCUCUCUGAGAGCAUGGCUCACGUAUACAGGGAGUCCCCGAGGACAAGGGAUGAGAACUCGGCCAGCGGCACCUGGGAGGAGAAGGAGGAGAGCCCAGACAAGCCGGGCUCUCCCUGUGCUUCCUGCGGAAUGGAUGGACAGUGGUACAGGGCUCUCCUGCUCGAGACGUUCCGGCAGCAGCGCUGCGCCCAGGUGCUUCAUGUCGACUUCGGAAGGAAGGAGUUGGUGAGUUGCAGCAGCCUUCGCUACCUGCUGCCUGAAUAUUUUCGAAUGCCCGUGGUCACCUACCCCUGCGCUUUGUAUGGACUCUGGGACUGCGGCAGAGGCUGGUCGCGGUCACAGGUAGGGGAUCUGAAGGCUCUGAUCCUGGGCAAGGCAGUGAAUGCUAAGAUCGAGUUUUACUCUUCCUUUGAGCACGUGUAUUAUGUUACCCUGUACGGAGAAGAUGGAAUUAAUCUCAACAGUGCGUUUGGGGUACAGUCAUGUUGUUUGGCUGACCAGUUCCUUCAAAGCCAGGGAGUAGAGGAGGAAGAUGAGGAGGCAGAAACAGAAGCAGUAUUUGAGUCUCUGUCCCCUGAUGAGGAACUGGAUGAAGAGGUUCCACUGUCAGCUUUGAGGUCUAUCAGGUUAAAGGUAAACACCUUCUAUGAUGCUCAGGUUGAGUUUGUUAAAAGUCCUUCUGAGUUUUGGAUCAGGUUGAGGAAACACAAUGGUAUCUUUGCCAAGCUUAUGAGGAGGAUGUGCAGUUUCUACUCCUCAGCCAGUAAGCUGGAUGGUGUGGUUUUGAAACCAGAACCGGAUGACCUCUGCUGCGUCAAAUGGAAAGAAAAUGGCUAUUUCCGCGCUGUGGUCACCAGAUUAGACAGCAAGAGUAUGGGCGUGUUCCUGGUUGACCGAGGCAAUUCAGAAAAUGUGGACUGGUGUGAUGUGAGAAUGUUGCUUCCUCAGUUCAGGCAGCUGCCAAUCUUGGCUCUGAGGUGCACCCUGGCUGACAUCUGGCCCCUGGGCAAAACCUGGAGCCAGGAGGCAAUUUCAUUCUUUAAAAAGACUGUACUCCACAAAGAGCUGGUCAUCCAUAUCCUCGAUAAGCAGGAUCACCAAUAUGUCAUAGAGAUUCUUGAUGAAUCGCGCACGGGUGAAGAGAAUAUUAGUAAGGUCAUUGCUCAAGCUGGAUACGCCAAGUAUCAGGAAUUUGAAACAAAGGAAAAUGUCCUACUAAAUGCCCACUCCUCAGGGCAUGUUUCAAGCCAUUUUCUGGCAGAGAAUAGCAAAAUACCUUCUGCAAAGAAAGGAGAAGAACAGAAGGGCAAGAAAGAUCUUAAAGCCACAUCGGUUGCAGGAGGUUUGACUGACACAACAGGCCUUGCAAAGGUUUCAACUGGGCAAGCUGUGUCAGAAAAAGAGAAAACCACAUCGGAUUAUUCUCUUCUUACAUUAAAUCUCUUGAAACCUAAGCCAGGCUUCUGCUGCAGAGGAGAGCUGGAAGUCGGAAGCACCGUUGAAGUGAGAGUGUCUUGUAUUGAAACCCCUGGCCUGUUCUGGUGUCAACUGGCCAGGAAUGUACAAGCACUGGAAACACUCAUGUGCGACAUUCAAGACUAUUGCAAAAACGUGCCAGCUCCUUACGAGGGGACCACACGAGCUUGUCUGGUGAAGCGAACAGCAAACGGAAGAUGGUCCAGAGCUCUGAUUAGCGGGGCGCAGUCUUUAGAGCAUGUCAGCAUACUGUUUGUAGACUAUGGAGACAAAGAAGUAGUACGUACGGAAGACAUACGCUCAGUUAGUGAUGAGUUUCUCAAGGUGAGAGCUCAGGCUUUUAGAUGCAGUCUUUAUAAUCUAAUUCAGCCAACUGGUGAAAAUCCCUUUGUCUGGGAUGAAAAGGCAACACAGGCUUUUCAUGGUUUCAUAGAUAACGUAUGGGAAAAUAACCUGGAAUUAAAAUGCACAGUAUUUGCGUUGGCCUCAGGACAUGACGAAGAACUGUUUAAUGUUGUGGAUUUGUUAACACCCUUUCAGAGUGCCUGCCAUUUUUUAGUAGAAAAGAGACUCGCAAGACCAGUCAAGCUUCAGAAGCCUCUGGAACCUUCUGUCCAGCUGCAUUCUUACUACUACUCCACACACGAUCUGAAAAUUGGCAGUGAAGAAUUGGUGUACAUCACACAUGUUGAAGACCCAUGGUCGUUUUACUGCCAACUGGCAAGAAAUACAAAUAUUUUGGAGCAGUUGUCGUACAGCAUUAUACAGCUAAGUAAGGUUUUGCUGAAUUCAAGAACAUCUCCCUUGUUCCCUGGAGCCUUGUGCCUUGCCAAGUACACCGAUGGAAACUGGUAUCGGGGGAUAGUAAAAGGAAAAGAGCCAAACAAAGUCUUCUCUGUUGACUUUGGGAACACAUACGUAGCAAGUGAUAACCUGCUGCCCAUACCUCGUGAUGCAUAUGAUGUUUUGCUUUUGCCCAUGCAAGCUAUUAAAUGUUCAUUAUCUGAUGUUCCUGAUCGUAUUCCAAAAGAAGUCACCACAUGGUUUCAGGAGACUGUUUUGGAUAAGUCACUGAAGGCCUUAGUUGUAGCAAAACAUCUAGACGGAAGACUGAUUAUAGAACUCUACGAUGACAGUAUCCAAAUUAAUGCCAGCAUCAAUGAGAAAUUGGGCCUGCUUGGUUAUGAAGGUAGAAGGCGAAGUAAAGAAAAAGAAAAUGAAACCAUCCUCCAUACCACUGAAAUUCUCGAAGGAAAUAAUGAAAAGGUGCCACCAACCGAGUAUUUAAGUAAAUCAGGAGAAAGCAAAUCACACAGUGUAGAGAUUUCAAGAGAAUCGGGCAAACCUAAGGUCGGCCCAGCAGUUAAGGAGUUCAUGUGUUCACAGUAUUCACCAAAGACAAGCUUGGUCACUCAGUAUCAGGACUCUGCUGGAAACAAAAAUUAUCAAAUGUUUCCAUUCACAAGAGAAAAGAAGGGAGAAAAGUUUGCUGAGCCACCUUUGAAAGCCACAAAACCAGAAGCCAGUCUUCCAGAGAGAAUAGGUGACUCAGGUCACAAAGAUCUACCUCUUAAGCUUUGUGAGUUCCCGCAGAAGAAGGUCAUGCCUGGCUUUAAAACGACUGUAUAUGUUUCACAUAUCAAUGGCCUCUCAGAUUUCUAUGUUCAGCUACUAGAAGAUGAAGCUGAAAUUAAUAACCUUUCAGAGAGACUGAAUGAUGCUAGAACAAGGCCCCAGUAUCACACAGGCCCACCUUGGCAAAAUGGAGAUGUGAUAUGUGCUGUUUUCCCAGAAGACAGUUUAUGGUACCGGGCUGUUGUUAAGGAACGACAGGCCAAUGACCUUCUCUCUGUACAGUUUAUAGAUUAUGGCAACACGUCUGUCGUUCACACGAACAAGACAGGCAGACUUGACCGAGUUAAUACUGCGUUACCAGCACUGUGUCUCCAUUGCUCCUUAAAGGGGCUUUUUCUCCCUGACAUUAUGAACUGUAAGGAAAUGGUACAAUACUUUACCCAAAGGACUGACGAGACGCAAAUAAGAUGUGAAUUUGUUAAAUUCCAAGACCGAUGGGAAGUUAUUCUUGCUGAUGAGCAUGGGGUCAUAGCGGAAGAUAUGAUUAGCAGAUACACUUUCAUUGAACAGUCUCAACUAGGCCUUUCUACUCAGUUAAUGACAGGGGACCGUUCAAAGCCUGCGAACAAAUCAGACCCCGACACACCAGUGCUUCUUAACUGGUAUAAUCCCACAACGAAGUUGGUAAGAGCCUAUGCCACCGUGAUAGAUGGACCCGAGUAUUUUUGGUGUCAGUUUGCUGAUACUGAGAAGCUCCAGUGUUUAGAAGCAAAAGUUCAGAGGGCUGCAGAGCAGAUACUUGAGUGGAGGGAUUGUCUCCAGUGCCCCCGGGUUGGCGAUCCUUGCAUCGUGAAAUACCGGGAAGACGGACACUAUUACAGGGCCCUUAUCAUCAGCAUUUCUGACGACUCUCUUGUGUCUGUCAGACUCAUAGACUUUGGCAACGUUGAAGAGUGUGUAGACCGCAAAACCCUGUGGAAAAUCCCUCCUGAGCUCCUGUCGGUUCCCAUGCGAGCUUUUCCGUGUUGCCUUUCGGGAUUCAGUGUCUCAGGAGGCGCAUGCUCUCCAGAGGGCAACGAUUAUUUUUAUGAAAUAGUCACAGAGGAUGUGUUGGAGAUAACGAUACUAGAAAUCAAAAGGGACGUUUGCGGCAUCCCUUUGGCAGUCGUGGAGUUGACAACCAAAGGUGAGAACAUCAGCGAGAAGAUGAAGCAAUACUCUAAGAGCGGCGUGGCGAAACGCAAUCUUUACUACGAGAAGCACAGCCCAGAGCGGAAGCGGGUGCAGGGGCACCCCAGCUUCAACCUCGGCCUGAAAAAACCGUGUAGUAAAGCUGCGCAAGGGAACCCAUUCUUUGUGAAGCCACAGAUGGACGAGGGCUCUGAAAGGAUCGAGAAAGAUCCCAACAUCACUGAAAGCAAACCCAGUAAGUUUUACGAGCGUGGCCCUCGGGACAUUUUUGAGGCUUUUAAAAACCUGUGCAAAAGCCACGAUGAAAUGGCAGCCGAGAGAGUAGGAGGCAACACGGACUACCGUUCUGCCAACAAAGCUAAGUUUGACGAGAAAUACCUACUGUCGGGAUUCAACCCCCACGCUAGCGAGGCCAAGGACAUACUGGAACGGAAUUCACUAGAAGUGCCGCUGUCUCCCGAUGAGGAAUCCACAGAGGUCGUAGACCUGGAAUCCAUCGAAUUACAGCAUUCCCCUACCCCAGAUGAAGAGAGAGAGGAGCUCGGCCUGGAGUCACAGAUGGAUGAAAUGCUGUCCCAAGAGUGUGGGGCCGGAGCCAUCCUGGAACCAUUUAUGGUGCAGCUUCCCCUCGACUGGGAAGAUGACAAGGAGCAGGAAGCAGAACACACAGCGCCGUUGUCGUCGGAUGAAGACCUAAGUCCUUUGCCCGUCCGUCCUAGUGAGAAAACCCAGGAAUCCAGUUCUGCCGAGGACGUGAAGCCCCCGAGCAGCGUGGGCUUUUCCAGCGACUGGCAGGGGGUGUCGCCACAUCUCCACGGGAGGGACUGUGAUCCCCACUUACACACUGCAGUGAAUAUAUUUGAAGAAGAGUUUUCCCAGUACAAAACCAGGGGCACCAUCGCUUCACUGAUGCCUCUGUUCUCUGAAGAAGACUCCCGAGGUGGCCGGGCCUUACCAGAUGAUGUGUCAGCGCAACCGCAGGAAACCUACGCACUGACAGGCUUUGCUGUCGGAUCCAAAUGUGUUGUUUGGUCAAGUCUGAGAAACAUGUGGUCCACGUGUGAAAUUUUGGAAAUCACCGAAGAAGGCACAAAGGUUUUGGACCUGUCAAAUGGUAUAGAGGAGAUAGUGAGCCCUGAGAAUGUCUGGAACAGCACCCCCAAAUCAGGAAAGAGUCCCUCUGAGGCUGCACUGCAAACAAUGGAAAAGGACCUUUCCUUCAUACCACUGGAUGACACCUUAAUCAAAGAGGAGUCUGGAGGAAGUGCGGAUCUAGCCGUGGACCCGUAG